AUGAAGCCUCAGAUGCUAAAAUCCGGCAUGUUUCGAUGCUAUGCUACCGUGUCCACCCCAUCGAGAUCGCGGCUGCGUGGCAAGAAUCCACUCGGCCUCGAUCACUUCGUCCAAAGACAACGAGCUUUGGCACUCUGGAAAGACAUCUUGCGAAGCACCGCCUCAAUACCAGAUGCGGCGACAAAGAAAGACAUGCGUGACUUUGCACGCGCAGAGUUUUUGCAGCAUCGGAAUGUGACAGACCUGGCGCACAUCCGCUACCUCAUCUCUUUAGGCAAGACCCAGUAUGAUAACAUGAAGAGUUCCCUGUUCAAUUCGGGGAUUCUCUCAUAA